AGUGUUAAAAAUGGCCGCCCUGUGGGAGUCACUUGAUGCUGUAUAGAAGAACGGGUUAAUGGGAAAUGAAGUACGUGUCUGCCUAAGGUUGAUAAAGAAGAGGCUGAAUUUGGGCCGAAAACAGAGCUACGUCUGGACUGACGUGGUAGAACGAUUUAUCUUCCGAGGGGCGGUUAGUUAGGUCAAUAGUUAGUCGACCGGAAUCUACUGCGCUUACAAUUUCACGCCCCCAGCGGGACAUCAACUCUUUAAGUGAUGUUACCUGUUAAUGCCUUUGUGUUAAGGCUGUGACCCUACUGUUGUGCUACUGCUGCAAGAGUGCCUUCCUCAGUGUGUCGUCUCUACAAGGGGUAAUGAUGGUUCAGUCCCAACAGCAAACUAAUAGGUGCUGGAGGGAGAGGCCCUAUUGGAACUGGAGGUGAUGUGGGCAGCCAAAGGACUCUGAAGGACCCAUCAUGGGUUUCAGGCGAUUAGCUUGUCUCUUCAGCCUGCCUGUUGCAGUGGUCUAUGGGUCUCUGUCGCUCUUCAUUUCCAUUGUACACAAUGUGUUUCUCCUUUACUACGUGGACACCUUUGUUUCUGUAUAUAAGAUUGAUAAAGUUUCCUUUUGGAUUGGGGAGACUGUGUUUCUGAUUUGGAACAGCCUCAAUGACCCUCUCUUUGGGUGGCUGAGUGACCGGGCUUUCCUUAGCACACAACAGUCUGGAGUAGAAAUCUCUACACCAGAAGUUGUUUUGAAGAGACUCAAGGCCCUGGGCCGCAAUGGCCCCCUCUUUGCUAUGUCAUUCCUGGCUUUCUGGAUUGCCUGGGCCCAUCCAGGCCUGCAGUUCCUCAUUUGUCUCUGCCUGUAUGACAGCUUCCUCACCAUGGUGGAUCUCAACCAGAAUGCUUUGCUUGCUGACCUUGCUGUGUCCGCAAAGGACAGGACUGACCUCAACUUCUACUCAUCAUUCUUCAGUGCCAUUGGCUCCCUCUCAGUCUUCAUGUCUUAUGCUGUGUGGAACAAGGAGGACUUCUUCUCCUUCCGGAUCUUUUGUGUGGUGCUGGCUUUUGGUUCGGCAGUUGGAUUUACCCUGGCCACAUGGCUGCUGAGGCAGAGGUUUCAGUCCGAAGGUCAAGUGAAGUGGGAUGAAAAUGCAGCUUUGAAAGAAUUGUACAUCGACAGUCCCUCUGUGCAUCAAGAGAAGAGGAUCACUCUGGCUGAGUACCUCAAGCAGCUCUCCAGGCAUCGCAACUUUCUCUGGUUUGUCUCCAUGAACCUGAUCCAGGUUUUUCACUGCCACUUUAACAGCAACUUCUUUCCUCUCUUCUUGGAGCACCUGCUGUCUGAUCGGAUCUCACUUUCCAUGGGAUCAUUUCUGCUAGGAGUUUCCUACGUGGCUCCUCAUCUUAACAACCUUUAUUUCUUGUCUCUCUGCCGGAGGUGGGGUGUAUAUGCUGUGGUGCGAGGACUCUUUUUCCUGAAGCUGUUGUUCAGUGUGAUUAUGCUCCUUGCUGGACCAGAUUGGAUCUACCUGCUCUGCUUCUUCAUAGCCAGUAACCGUGUGUUCACUGAAGGGACGUGCAAGCUGCUGAACUUGGUGGUCACUGACCUGGUGGAUGAAGACUUGGUGCUGAAUCGAAGGCAGCAGGCUGCCUCAGCUCUCUUGUUUGGCAUGGUUGCCUUAGUAACUAAGCCAGGCCAGACCUUAGCCCCCUUGAUUGGCACCUGGCUGCUGUGUGCAUAUACAGGUUAUGAUAUUUUUCAGCGGGAUCCCCUGAGCAACGUAGUGAGCGCCCAGCCAAAGCUGGCUUCCAACAUGGCCUGGGAAUCAACACUGCGUCAGGGCUGCUUCUACCUCCUUGUUUUUGUCCCCAUUACGUGUGCAUUACUUCAGCUCCUCAGCUGGUCACAAUUCAGCCUACAUGGCAGGCAUCUCCAGACAGUGAAGUCUCAGCGUCAGACUUUCACCAAAAGUCAGUUCCAAGAGAUCAAGACCACUUAAUUGCUAUAUAGGAAAUGGUGCUCCCUACUAUGGAUUUUUGCAAGAUCAACUCACUAAGGAAUGGAUGGAAGGAAAGUGGCAAUUAAUGCCCUUCUUGGUCAAAGUGGGUGAAUGGAAGAACAGUUGGCGCUGUUGUUACCUGGUUUUCGGCACCACUUAAAAAUGCACCUCUUCACUCAGGCCUUUGAGGGAAAUUGAUUUGGCAAGACCAACAGUAAUUGAUGAAGCCCAUCUGCUGUAUUAAUAUGGAUUGUGUUUCAAUUAUGCUUUUAAUGUUUUUGUUUUGUUGUUUUUCAUGUAUAUGUUGCAAGCUGCCCUGGCAUCUUUGUUGACAAAGAGCAGUUUGGAAAUGGAAUAAAUAAUGCAUUCCCUGUAGUCCCCGCAAGCCAGGGCUGAGUACGAUCAGCCCUAAAGGGUUCAUGGGAGACUUAAAAGCUUGCAUUUCCUGUCUUCAACCAAAUUUGGUCCAGGAAAAGUCAUUACUUUGCCUUCUUUAGAAACAAAAGAAAAACCUCUCAAUGACUUGCCAAUCGUGUUGAUAUUUAUUCAUCUCCAGAAGAGGACUGGAAAGAGAUGUAGCCAGUUAACAGACCAUGCAUAUUAAUAACAAGGGGGUAGGGAAACAUUCAGUUGAGUAAACCUGCAGCAUCCUGGUUCUUGUACCCUAUCCUCUCUGGCACUGUACGCACAGAGCUUUGUCCAGGAUGGCAGGUGCGUAGGAUUCACAUUCCCCCCACUUACCACUCUUCUUCUCUGCAUUGGUCUUGAGUGUUUUCACAUACCUCUUCCUCUUCCUUUCCCCCUAGCCCAGGGCAUUGUUUAACUGUGAACUCAGGCAGAAUCUCUGCAAAGCGUCACAAAUUCCUCCCAGAGGACAACAGGCUACUCGGUGGUUGUAGAACUAGGCUAACUUAGUGGAAAAACAAGACUCUUACUCUCAGAAUCCACCCUUUUCAAGAGAGCGAGCACACCCUGUUCCUACACCAUGACAGCUGUGCAGGGAUUUGUGGUAAAAGGGUGGUUUGUGAGGUGGAUACAGAUCUGUGUCACUGGAAGCCUGGAGGGAUACCUGGCAACCAAGUUGUGACACGACUAUUGGCUUAAUCUUGGAUGAAGCUGUUCCAGAGUUACAGUUUUCAGGAACUAUUGGAAUUACUUUCUAGGAUAGGGAUGAGGAACCUGUGGCCUUCUCAGAUAUUACUGGACUCUGAUUCCUGUUUACCCCAGGUGGCAUGGCCAGUGAUGGUGGGAGCUGUAGUCCAACAUCAUCUGAAGGAGCACAAUUUCCUCAUCCCUCAGCUAUGGUGAAAGACUGGCCUCCUUUCUCAGGAGAUAUUCAUGCUGGUUUUUCCUGUGGGACCAGAUAGCUUUGUUUUGUUUUAAAGAUUUAUCUAUCAUGCUUACCAACACAGGACUCCUCAAAGGCAUCUUCAUGAUAAUGCUGACUGGAGGAACUAUUUGAGCUUAUAUGUGAGGUCCUUGUUCCCCCCCAUUCCUCCACACGCUAGCCCUUACUUGACCACAGCAUUGACUUAGGGUGACAAGACCUGUGAGGGUGGUGCAAUGUGCAUGGCUGGGGAGAAAAGAUACUUUCCCCCCCCCCCCAGAGAAAUGUCUUGCCCUGGAGUGGAACUGGCAGCUGCAUAGUGGAAAUGUCUGCAAAAUCAGAUUUAUGCAGAGUAUCAGUCAUAGGAAAUGUGCUGUUGUCUACUCACAGGAAGAUUUGCUAGACUGUAGAUUAUGGCUAAGAGAUCUGGGAGUGACUUAUUGAGGGAUUCCCACAGGCUGCUAGAGGCAGUAGCUGACUUGUUUCUCUUUACCUCUGCAUCCUAGGAGUGACUGUUCUGCUCCUUUCACAACUAUCUUUUUCUGUUGAGUCAUUCCCGAGAGAAGUUAGGGGAAUGCCAGGCUUCAUUGAAGUGACUCCAAAGAUUAAUCUCCUUGUGUCUCUAAGGGAGAGAGAACCACAUCCUGUCUUCAGCAGGCAGUGGACUAGGAAAGCAGCUGGCUGCAUGAAUCAGGGUUGCAGGCGGUGGCCUGUGGCUCUGGAUUCUAUAGUUGCCUUUGCUGGAAUGUUUUUUUGCUCUUCGUCUGGGACUCUCUUGGCUGCUAUUGCAGAAAAUGAGACCAUUUAGAGCUUCUUGGGGCCAAGUUGCAUCCUCUUCUUUGUGUGUUGAAGCAGGUGUCACUUGAAGGAUGGGUGGGUUCCAGUUUCUAUAGGCAGGGGCCAAGCCAGCCACUGUACUUGCCAUUUUCCUUCUUGCCUGGGAAGAGUGAUGCUGAUGAAAUGUUUACAGUCAAAAAGGCUUUUGUAUCAUCUGGUUACUUUGUAAUUUAUUCCUCUAAUUUAACAAGCCAAUUUAAUCAAACCUUAUUUCAUUAAAAUGUCAUUCUUUUAAAAGCUA